AUGGAUCCUUGGACGAUUCCUCCGGAAAUGAGGGCCAAGUAUGACGCCCAGUUCGAGAUCAUUCAGAGAGGAGGGGCUGUCACCGGCGAUGUGGCUCGCGAACUCUUUUUCAAGAGCGGUCUGCCACAACAGGUGCUCGCAAAAGUAUGGGCGCUCGCCGAUAUGGAUUCCGACGGUCGAAUCGACAAGAAAGAAUUCUCCAUCGCCCUAUGGCUGAUCGCGAUGAAGUUGAAGGGCAUUGAGGUUCCUGAUCGCUUACCACCUUCUCUCCUGGCUCCUCCGCCACGUCCACCUCCGUCGAUCGAUCCUUUCGUAGCCACGGGUGCUCCACCACCGAGACCCGGGCCGCCGCCAGUACCACCGGCGCCACAAAUGGCUAAAGCCGGCCCUCCACCGCCGAAACCCCCGCCACCUGUACCGCCAGCGCCCUUGAUGUCGCCACCGAAAGCAGCACCCACUGUUCCCCUGCAGAGUCAGGAGUGGGCUGUUCCGCAACAGUCAAGACUCAAGUUCACCCAAAUAUUCAACCAGCAUGAUAGGCAAAGGACAGGAUUCCUCAAUGGAAACCAGGCUAGAGGACUCCUGAUGCAAACUGGUCUCCAGAAUUCUGUUCUUGCCCAAAUCUGGUAUUUGUCCGACAUCGACACAGAUGGACGCUUGACAUGCGAAGAAUUCGUACUAGCUAUGCAUCUGUGCGAACUGGCCAGGGCCGGACAAACACUGGCGAGCUCUCUUCCUGCCGAUCUCAUUCCACCGUCGUAUAGACGGAAGCCCGGAGCGCGUAACGAUUCAGUGGGAUCCGUGGGCUCAGCAGGAUCUCGAGGACGCGACGGCGUCACUAGUCCCCCAAUGACACAGGAGAGUGCCGAACUCAUUGGGGCUGGACUCCAUCCAUGCCAUUCGACGUUUGAGGACAAAAGACGAGAAAACUUUGAGAAAGGACAAGCUGAAUUGGAACGCAGGAGACAAAUCAUCGUCGAGCAGCAGCGUCGAGAACAGCAAGAGAGAGAACGCAAAGAGAAGGAGGAAAUGCUCCGGAGGGAAAAACUCCGCCAAGAGCAGGAACGUCGGCGCCAAGAAGAGCUCGAAGCCGAGAGGGAACGACUCCGGCUUCGCGAGAUGGAACUCGAAGCCGAAAGAAAACGUCAACAAGAGCAAAAAGACGCGGCCCGCAAGGAGAUGGAGCGUCAGAAAGAACUCGAAUGGCAACGCCAACGAAUUUCCGAGUUGACCGCACUCAAGCAACGCACCCAGGAAGGACUCUCCCUGCUCAAGAGGAGAAAGCUCGACCUCUGUUUGCAGGUUGAGAGGCUCUCCAGGGAAGUAGGUGAAGUAAAUGGCAAAAUCGCUGCACAGAAAGAAGAGGUUGCAACUGCCAAAAGUUUCAUCGAUGGCAUGCGGCCCCAAAGAGAUCUGAUUAUGGGAGAGCUGUCCACGGUCAAGCAAGCGCUCAAGGAGUGUUCCGAUCAGACGCUCCUUCUCAAUCAGGAGAAACUGAAUAUGCAAAACCAGUUGGCUUCCCUCAAAUCGAAGGCUGGGAACAAGAAGCGAGAAUUGGAGACGAAGAUCGAAAUGGCGAAGAAACAAUUGGCUUCAAUAAACAAUGACAUCAAAAACCGAACGAAUGAAGUGCUGCGCAUCGAGGAAGACAUCGAGAAGAAGCCGAAAGUCAUCACUGAGGCAAAUCAUGUGGACGAAUCUGUGUGGGGUGGAUCGAACGUCAAGCAAGAAACCGCCGAGCCCAAACAAGAGUGGCCGGAUCCCACAAAAGCUGAUUGGGGAGAUGAUUCUCCGUCUGUCACCGCGGCACCGGUCCCUAUCGUGCCUCCCCACCCCACGCAAGCUUCCAUGGAUGCUUGGGGAGAUACGGGCGCGCCUGCUGCUGCCCCCGCUGGAGACGCCUGGGGAAAAGACUCAAGCUCCAGCUGGGCCGAGACCGAGAGUUCCGCUCCUGCAGCGGCCAGUGGCACUAGCAAAUAUCGCGCCCUCUUCGAAUUCGAAGCCCGGAACGAGGACGAACUCUCUUUCCAACCGGGAGACGUUAUCAACGUCACCGUUGGGGAACAGGGAGAAGAGGGCUGGCUGGCUGGCGAACUCCGCGGGAAGUCGGGCUGGUUCCCAGAGUCAUAUGUUGAGCCUUUGGACGGUGCCAGAGCCGAUCCAGCCCCGGAACCCGAGGCCGAGGUUAGAUCCACUCCGCUGGAUACUGUACACGAGGAACCUGCUGGUGACGGGGAAACCUAUUAUGCUAUAUAUGCGUAUGAUUCCACUGAGCCUGGAGAUCUGUGCUUCCCCGUUGGAGCCGUGAUCAAAGUGACUGCCAAGAGUGGAGAUUGGUGGACCGGAACGUACAACGGAGCUUCAGGCGUAUUCCCUCAAAAUUACGUGUCAGAUAAGCCUGCGGAGGCGGAGGAUGCUGCAGUCACGGAAAGCGAGUCGGCGGAACCCCCAACGGCAGCCACAAGCGAUGCCAAACAGCAACAGCCGGACGGAGCCAAUAGUCAAAGGUCCGAUACUCCGAAUGAGAUGAAGAAGAGUAUGAAGAAGAAGCCCGAGAUAGUCAUGGUCGUCGCUAACUACGAGGCUAGCGGCGAUGGUCAGCUCAGCCUCAUCAAGGGACAACUAAUUCAAGUUCGCAAGAAGACCGACGGUGGAUGGUGGGAAGGCGAAAUCCAUCAGAAGGGGAAAGGCCGGAAGAGCGGUUGGUUCCCGGCCUCCUACGUCAAGGUCCUCGCUGGACCUGGUGGGAGUCCAGCUCCUACUGCAGCAGCAAAUCAGGGCUCGUCCAGCGAGGCACCGCAAGACGAUAUUCAGGGAGAAAGAGUCAAAGCCGUUUUCGACUUUCAAGGACAGCAAGACGAUGAACUCACUUUCGUGAUCGACGAAAUAAUCAUAGUCACCAAUAAAGAAGAUUCGUCCUGGUGGAAAGGGGUGAAAGUGUCCGACCCGACAAAGAAGGAGGGCCUGUUUCCAUCUAACUACGUUGAAGCUCUGUCUCCUGAUUCUGGCGAGCUCAUCGAGAACAAUCUUUACCAAACGAUCCCCGAGGAGGCAGCUGUGAUAACGCACACUGAUAAUUAUUACACGAGAUCGAGCAUCGGGAGCAACUUCGAAGAUAAUGUCUACUGCGACAUCGAAUCCCUGGAUCAACAAGAUGUGGCGAACAACAACGAGCUCUCAAGCAUCACCGAUAAGAUGAACUCCAUCGGUAGCAGAUCGAGCACCGGUGAAACGACUCGCAGCGGGAACUUCCUAAAAGAUCGACCCUCGAGUCUCGAGGUGAACCCGAAAACGUUCUCGAGAUCGUUUUCGUCUCAGCGAUUCUCUCCGGCUAAAGUUGGCAACGUCAACUUCGACCAGAUCCUCGACGAGAUCGACCGGAGCUCCCUCGACUUGAAAGAGAAGGAACGACAGAACGCCGUGUACGAACUCAUAUCGACGGAGCAGGCUUACGUCAAGGAUCUCAUGCUGGUAGAGAAGCACUUCGCUCGACCCAUGAAAAAACGCGUUAGCGCCGAGGAAGCCUCCAGGAUGAUGGUGAACUGGCGAGAGCUCAUCACUUGCAGUGACAAGAUCCUCAAGGCCUUCAAAAUUCGCCAGACGAUGAGCCAAGGCAACGUCAUCAUCACGAUCGGCGAUAUUAUCGUGGAAAAUAUCUCAAAUCUACGGCCGUACAUACGAUUCUGCAGCCAGCAGUCUCAGGCCAUGCAGCUCAUCCAGCAACGGACCGAACAAGAUCCUUGGUUCGGGGAGAUCUGCAAACAGUUUUCCCGUAAUCCUCUCGUCAACGGCAUGCCUCUCACUUCUUACCUACUGAAACCGAUGCAACGGAUCACCAAGUACCCGCUGCUUGUUGACAAGAUCCUGAGAUGCACACAUGAUGGCCAUCCUGACUAUACGCAGCUACAAACUGCUUCCGAAAAAAUGCAGCAGCUAUGCGCACAGAUCAACGAAGCAGUCCGCAUGGUGGAGAACACUGAGCGACUAGAAUGGUGUCAGAACCACCUCAUCCCUCCACCCUCGGCCCCACGGAUCGUGUUCAACUCUUUCACAAAUGUGCUCGGUCCCCGACGCCUGCUUCAUUCGGGACCUCUUUCCAAAGUGAAAAGUGGGAAAGAGCUUGUGGGAUUCCUGUUCAACGACUUCCUCCUUCUCACACAACCCCUCAAUCGGGAUGUAGCCAAGAUAAGCAAUAUUUUCACGGAUGACCGUGCGCUGAAAGCACAGUAUCGAUUUUACAAGCAGCCGUUCUUCAUCGAGAAGCUCAAGCUAGAGGAGCCUCAGGACCCUAAUGGAGACGCUUUCGUGAUGCGAACGGAGCUCGUCAGCGAAUUGGGUGUGCGCGAAAAAUACGAGUUGAACGUCAAAACCGCUGGCAGCAGAGAACGAAUCGGAUGGCUCAACAAACUUCGACAAGCGCUCGCGUUUAAUGAGCAAGUUGAGCAAAAAAAUCGACAAUCCUCUCUGAGCAGUGUCCCCCUCUCGCAUUCCGGCUGCGGACGACUCCUCGUCGUAGUGCAAUGUGCCAAACAGCUUCUGAACGUCAACACGGAACCCCUGGAUACAUUUUGCCUGCUAUCUCUGGGCGGCCAGAGUCAUACGACCCCCGUCGAGCCUUCUUCCCCCAAUCCAUCAUGGAACUCGACGAUGCAGUUCAUCGUCAAGGAUCCGGAUCAAGAUGUUUUGUGCAUCAGCGUCCUUCAGAAGCAGAAAUUCUCUCCAAAUGAGUUCCUCGGCCGAACCGAAAUCCGCGUCCGCGAUGUGGUCGCACGGCGAAAAAGUGCAGUCGGGGCGAUAUCGUACGAAGAUCUCAAGCUGCUGGAGGUCGCUUCAGGCACAAUAAGCUUGCGAGUGGAUCUCCAACUAUUCCGUGAGGCCGCUCAGGUGAUCUGAUCAACUAUCGCAGCUUCAAACAUUUCCUAAUGAUCAGCUUCCAGGAGUCGAAUGGAUAAGCCGAGGCAGUAUUACUUCCUAGACGAAGUCUCCUCACCCUCCGAUUUUGUACGUUAUUGAACCUCGAACCGAGA